AGUUAUUCGUUAGUACCCCAACUACAUUUUUUUCUGUUUGAUUGCCAAGAAUACAAUAAAUACUUAUAACUGGUUUGUCUACAAAAAAUUUAUCACAGUUUUACUAAACUAUAGUGUUUGUAUUUCCAACAGUCUUAACAUAAACACAGAACCGACAACCUAUAGAUACGAUUCUGAAGUUACAGUUUAAACAAAAUUAACUAGGUAAGUACUAUAUAUAUUAUAUAUACAUAUAUAAAAUACUUAAUGUAUCAAAUAUUGGUUAAUAUGUUUUAAAUUUUUGAAUAAAUGUACCUAGAUAACGUCAAAUUGUCAUAAACUAAUAAACUAAUAUAUUGGACUUAAGUCAGUAUAUUAUAAUUAAGUAUAUAAUAUUGUUAAUUUUAUGGAUACAGACAUUUAAGUUAAGAUUUAGGUACUAGUUAUUUGCAAUACCUAACCUUUAUAAUCGUAAAAAUACUAAGUAUAAGUGAUAAAAAAGUUUCAUCAAAAAUAACUCUCCAGAAUUAAUAAAGUAUAUAAUUUGAUAUAAUUUUAUUGAUUUUCGAUGACCAUAGGUUCAAAUUUUAAUUUUAAUUUAAACUUAAAACAUAACGAUGAGUUAAGUCUAAGUAAUAUAAUAUUGUAAUAAGUCAUAAAACUCGAUGAAAUAAAAAUUAAUAUUUUCAGAUAGCCUAAACCUCACAACAUACUAAGACAGCUAUACAUACAAUAAAUUCUAAGGAUUAACUAUACAAAUCUAACUCAUUCUUAAAUGAAAACUGAAGUAUUACAAAAAUGUACCAGCUACGAAGUUUCAAUGAACAUUUUGUUUUUAAAUAAUACAUUUUUAAAAUAUCUAACACACUUUGUACCGUGUACUCGAAGGUACCUAAUCUAACCUAACUAAAUCAUAAUUACGAAUACAAAAAAAAAUGUUAACUUUACUGUAUACCUAUACAACUUAUCUAUUGCAUGUGGUAUUAAAUUUCUAAAUCCUAAAAUCAAAAUAUUAAUUAUUAGCUGAAUAUAUUUCGUACAAAUAGUAUAAAUAAUGAUAAUGAUUAAAUAAUGUUAUCAGGUCAUGUAAGCUCUUAUUAAAGAUUACAGAAUCAUAGAAGACGCUAAAAUGUCUUAUUAAUUGAAACAAUUUUUAAAAAUUCCUUACCUCAUAAAUUGUAUAUGAUUAAUAAUUAUUGAUUGGUACAAUCUGUAUCAGGAUACAAUUUUUAUACUUCAUUUUUUUUUCUUGAAAAAAUUUGUUUUAUUUCACAUCAGCUAUAAUACUCUGAAAUCUUAAUACUUCUAAGAAAAAAAAAUAUUUACUUAUUUCGUUUUACAAUAAAUAAAAUGUACUGUAUUUCAUUGAUAUAAAUUUGACGUUUUCAUAGAUAUGUUGUCAUGUUGAGUUUGGGGUAUUAUAACUGAGCAAUUGACAGAAGGAUUUACUUCAUAUUCGUUUGGCUUUAUGCGUUAAGCCCAAGGCCGUAUAUGUAGGUCCAUGCGAUGCGGAACCCCUUAGGUGAAAAUGGGGUUGAAAACCAAAAUUAUUUCAAUCAUUAUAAAGAUAUAAUAAGAUAAUCAUUUUUUUCUUACACCAUUAGAAAAAUGUUAAGACGCAUAUUAAGUUAUGACAUAAGUAUUACAAUCAAUAACAUACGACGGUCGUCAUAAAAUAAUUAUAUUAUAUAGGUACGUCUAUAACACAAUAAAAGUGAAAUAUAUAAACUAAAAUUAAAACACAUUUUGGACCUACUAAAAAUAUGCUAGACACGAUCUCGGUUAAACCCGAUUAUAGUAUUAUUUUCAAUUACCAAAUAAAGAACACACAGUUUUUGUAAAAUUUAAAAUAUUUGUUGACAACACAAACUCAAUAAAAUAUUGCUAAAAUAUUACCAAACCUUACGAAGAUCAAUUUUGUAUUAAGUAUUAUAAAGAUAUUUGAUAACCACGUAUUUUUAAGUACAUACCUUCAGAAUGUAUGCGUAGUACGUACAUAUAAAACACAAAAAAAUCUUUUUAAAAAAAUGUUAAAUGUUUCAAACCAUAAUAAUAUAAUAAUCGACAAACGAAAAUUAAAAUCGAUAAAACCGAUAUUCAGUUGGAGAAAAAAUUAAAUUUUAGUAAGAAAAAUAAAAUUAUAACUUCUCGGGUUAUGAAUAAUACAAAACAUAAAAAGUAAUAAUACAAACUUAUAUGCCGAUUUCAAUACAGCAAACAUUUAAAGACUUCAAAUACAAAAUAAUAUAAAUAGGUAUACGGAUGAGUAGCUGUAAAAUGAUCAUUUUUCAAUUUUUGACGUUGCGUUUUAUUUUUAAAAUAUUAAGUCUAAACUUAAAUGUACAUUUCACUUGAUGUUAAGUUCGUUCAGUACUUAUACUAAUAUAAGUAUGUGUACUGUGUAUAUAUAUUCUAGAGUACAAUGCUUUGUCUUGUGAAACCCCUUUACUUUACUUUCCUCGGUCGUUCUACAGCUUCACAUAUAAAUUUUCCUUGAAAUAUUUAGUGUCCAUAAAAUGUUUAUGGUUGUAAAUGCAUAUAAUGUAUUACAAAAUAUUAAAAUAUUAGAUAAUUAUCACUAUAUAAAAUAUAAAUAAUUAAAAAUAUAUGCUCCCAACAGAUCUGCACAAUAUACUCAACAGUCACUUCACACUAUACACUUAUAAUGGAAUUCAAAAUUUAAAAUGCAACGAUUUGUGCUAAAAACUUUUCUUGACAUUAAAACGUAUUGUCAGCAAAACUGUUUUUUACGAGCUAUAAAAGUACUCAAUACGUUUGCUGAAGUGAAACAAUUUUGGGUUGCUUAUGACCAACAUUAUUUUCGCAUAACAUGUUCAUGUGAAAAUAGUAUUUGAGCUUAUACAUUUUGCUUUUUCCUCAUUUAUUCUAUGUAGGUAUUACUUAUUAUACAUACCGACUAACGUAUCAAAAAAAUAUGUGUAGGUAUCUAAUAUUAUCAACUCCUUGUCUCUCAUACUGUCUAACACAAAACGCAUGUUCUAUAUUUUUACCUAUAAAAUAUAGUAAUAUAGUACCCAGAGAACUAUAAAAUGGAAAUAUAUACAAUAUCUAAUAUGUAUUUAUUAUAUACUAGAUUACUAGAAUAUACUAGAAACCCGGUAUUACUGUAAUAAUUCGUUCGAAAUCUGUUUGGUGGUUAUAAUAUAAUAAUUAACAUUAAAAUUGACAUUUAAUUGCGUUUGACAUAUUUUUUAAAGCGUAAUAAAAUAAAUAAUAAACUACUUUUAUGCACAAAAUUUCCACCUGCUCUCAUGGACGACUUGAGACGGCCCGAAUUUCCCCGAAACGCUUCCCUGCAGUGGCAGGUGUGAACGGACGACAAGAAAUAAAUCAAUCGAUAGUCUUAUUAGUAAACCGUCAAAUUCUCUUUUAAUGAUGAUCAUUAGCUAUUAGUUGCUCAGCAGAUACGAUCCGCGGUCGGUCAUCGUGUAAAUAUAAUAACAUGUCGCUGUUCAAAAUGUCUUUGGCAUUACUGAUAGUGACGUUGUUCAUCUUCAAGAGUUCACAAUCAUUCAUGUUCGAUCAAUGUGGUCCUCGUCACACGAACCUAACCCAAGAAUGUGUGGGGAAAUUUAUAAUAGAGACUCUGGUUAAAGUCACAGAAGAUCCAGAGAAUUUCAUCACAUCAAACCAAUUGAAUAACGAAAGUGGAACGACCAUGCGAUUUAUCAAGCUGAAAUUCGAUAACGAUACAAUGGGUAUAGAUCAACGCUACGAAAUCGACGAAAGUAGAUCGUGGGAAUCAGGAAACUUUUGGGAUCAAUUGGUAUACGCCUUCAAAAGACUGACCAAUUACAGUAACGAUCACGGAAUUCUAUUGUCCCUCCCGCAAUGGUCAAAAACAUUUCCACCUGUCACAGUCGUUGACGAGAACGACAUUUUCCAAGUGGUUAAUGAAAUGGUUUACCUAAUUACAGGUCGAAGCAAGCAUCCACACAAGAAGUACGCACUGCUAUUUCCACUGCUGGCCACGUUCAAGUUCCUGGUAAUCAAAGCACUGCUGGUGCCCAUACUGAUGGCUGUCAUGAUCAUCAAGAAGAUGAUGGUGCUCGGCGUCAUGGCACUGCCUACCCUGCUGACUAUGUUACGGUUCUGUCGAAAUCCCAACUUCGGGGGCUUCGGGUUCGGUGCCGGUAACUUGGUGGCUACAGGUGCCGUCGGCCCGGUAGGCCAAGCAGCCGCGUUCGCGCCGCUCACCGCCGACAUAUCGGGUGACUACUCUUCGUACGUGCAACAAUCGGCCGCUGCGUCCCAGCAGAACAACGCCUACAAGGACUACUCUAAGAAUUUGAUGGACGCCAUGAAGACGACGUACCAAAGACGAUGAAAUCGUCGUCGAAAAAUCACGUGCGAUCACGUCACAGUUAACAUUGUCAUCAUUAGGUACCUAUGGUUGAUGCACUAAUCCCCUGCAGCCUCCAUCCAUCAACAUUUGCAAAACUUGAAUACCCAUUACUCGCAUUAUGUUAUAUAAAUACCUUAUCCUGUUAUAAAAGACAUCAUCCAACACGUUCAUAACAAAUCGCACUACUUUAAUAACAUUUUGUUUCCUACAUUAGCGGUCUAAUAUAUUAUAUUUUUCUUCCAAAAUAACCUUCAGCUUCCGAAUGAUUUCCUAAACUGAUGAUUUAUUUUUCGUAUUUCCAUUUAAUUUCAAAAAGUACAUACCAGUUAAAGGUAAUUAUACCUACUACUUAGAGCCAAUUAAGAUUCGAAAACUCGCUUUUUGGCUCAAUGAUGGUCGAUGGGUAUUCUUAAAAUAACUUUACAACAUCUUACUCACCUUACUUUUGAUAGUUAGGUAUAUUAUCAUACGUUAUAAUAUUAAUGAAUUCCAAAGUAUUAAACUUUGACUUGGUUUAUUUUUCCAAGUAACAGAAAAAAAUAGGUAGUUAUACCUAAUAAAAAUACUGUGGCAUGAUUUACCUAUACUUAUUUAAGCAAAAUAACUACGCCAUACGCAUAGGUAUAUAUAUGUACUUAUAUACCUAAUCUGAUAAAUGAUUAAUAAUGACAUCAGUUUAGAGCGCAAGAUCGAAAUAUUAGAUUCUUUUUUUCAAAUGUACCAUUCCUCUCACACGCCCUCAUUAAUGAAACUCAUUUGCAUCGACACUUUACUUAAUUAAUCGUUUUACAUAAUAAUAUUAAUAAGUAGGAAUAUUAAAAUAGGUUAGCGCCUACACAUUUAUAAAUCAUGAAAUAUUUUAUUUAUAUUCUUGGGUAGUGGGUAGAUACAUUUGUUCUUUUAUUUAUUAUUAUUUCAUAAGUCUUAUACAAUAAUUUAUUGAUAAUGGACAGUGGUAAUAUUUUGACUAAGUCUACAACAAUAGCUUUAAAACGUGUUGUGUCUUAUUAUUGUAAUUAAAAUUGUAUUAUCUAUUUUUCGUUUAUAAAAUAAAAUUGUGUGAAGACCAAUCAUCAAUUCCCACCUCGAGCCUAUACAUACCUACGUAAUACACGUAGGUUUCCGGCUAAAUUCAAACCUAGAUAUUAGAUAGAUGGUACGCCGUUUGGAUAUGUUAAAAGACACACCACGUUAUAUAUAUUCCUUAAACCACUACAUAAGUACAUAAUAUAGUUGAUGAUAUGUUUUUUCAUUUUAAGUUGAAUUAUAAUUUAUAGAAUAUCAUAUAUAUUAUACCAUUACAAA